GAAGAGAAAGGGGCCUAGUGCGGCGAAGAGAAGGGCCUGCCUCUCUCAGUCAGUUCGCCUGCAUAGCCAGUGGUAGAAGCACCAUGCACCUCUGACUGCAGCCCCGUGGCUCAACUUCAACUCCACCCCCUUCAACACGCGUCUCGCUGCACCAAGGACUCGAGGGUCACAAUGGCGGCAGGUUGGCGACUGACGUCGCUGCUGCUGCUCUACCUGUCCACCCCGUUCUACAGUGCCAACGGUGUCCAGACGGGCACCAACUUUGAUCUCCACACACACAUGAGCCCACAAGACUUGCGCUCAUUAUUCCACGUGGAUUCUCACGAUGAAGUGCCCGAGUACCAGGUGGUGUCAGUGCGAGCCCUGAGCAAGCGAAGCGCCUCCGAGGACGGACCGCACCUGGUGGCCCACCUCGAGGCCUUCGGACGGCCGCUGCAGUUGGCGCUGCGACGCACCACAGGGCUGGCCGGCGCCGCGGGGCCGUCGGCGCUGCGCAUGUUUGCGCAGGACGGCGAACAGUUGGCCGAGAUUCCGCAGGCGGAGCACGGCGCCGACAUCGGACACACGUACCAGGACGAGGCCAGCGGCGCCGCCCUUCUUGUCCACACGGACCCUGAAGAUGGUACUCUGCUUGUUGAAGGAACGAUUGGCAAGGAUUUAGUGGUGCGUCCUGUCCCGUCGUCGGUGCGCCAUUUGGUGCCCGCCGAAGAGGACGAGGGUGACGAAGAGUACGAGGGCAGCGACGACGAAAUGUUCCUGGACGAGGAACAAGAGGAUGAGGAGGUGAUGAAGGCCGGCUUCCCUCUGCCAGAGAGAAAGCCGACGAAGAAACCCACCAAGAAGGCCACAUUUAUUGACAAGAAAAAGAGCAAACGGACUAAGAGGAGUGCGGCCACCAUGGGCAUGCACGUCGUCAUCAGGAGGUCGCCUGCUGAAGCCGAUCCUAUGGGCGAUUAUGCUUUUAUGGAGCCUGACCAUUUGUCUAAGCGGUUCAGGAGGGACUUGAGCAACAGGAGGGAUAAAAGAGAGGCCCCUUACGUCAUCUACCCUGAAAUCCUUGUUAUUGUGGAUUACGACGGUUACAGACUACAUGGAGGUGACAAUGUUCAGGUCAAGAGGUAUUUUGUCUCAUUUUGGAACGGAGUCGACCUGCGGUACAAACUUUUGAAAGGACCCAAAGUUCGCAUCAGCAUCGCUGGAAUCAUUAUUUCUCGAGGAAGAGAUGCCACUCCGUAUUUGGAGAGGAACAGAGUGGGUAGGGACGCCAUUGACUCGGCGGCAGCACUCACUGACAUGGGCAAAUACCUCUUCAGGGAGAGAAGACUUCCUGUUUAUGACAUUGCAGUUGCCAUCACAAAGUUGGAUAUGUGCAGAAGACAGUACGCCAACGAUAAUUGCAACAGAGGAACGGCAGGUUUCGCGUACGUCGGCGGUGCCUGCGUGGUGAACAAGCGGCUGGAGAAGGUCAACAGCGUGGCCAUCAUCGAAGACACCGGCGGCUUUUCCGGCAUCAUCGUUGCCGCCCACGAGGUGGGCCACCUGCUGGGCGCCGUGCACGACGGUUCGCCACCGCCCAGCUACCUGGGAGGACCUGGCGCUGAAAAGUGCCGAUGGGAAGACGGAUUCAUCAUGAGCGACCUUAGGCACACGGAGAAAGGAUUCAGAUGGUCGUCGUGCAGUGUUGCGAGCUUCCACCACUUCCUCAACGGAGACACUGCUACUUGUCUUUUCAACGCUCCUCAUGAGGACGACGCUUUGCCCAGAGUUUUGCCUGGGAAGCUGUUGUCUUUGGACGCCCAGUGCAGGAAAGACAGAGGAACCAGCGCUUGCUUUAAAGACGACAGGGUAUGCGCGCAGUUGUUCUGCUUCGACGCCAACUCUGGCUACUGCGUGGCCUACAGGCCGGCGGCCGAGGGUUCGCCGUGCGGCGACGGCCAGUCGUGUCUGAACGGCCGGUGCGUGGCCGAGCACGAAAACAUCAUCCCCGACUACACUCAGAUCACGCCGACGUACGCCCGGCCGGACAGCGCGGCCACGCAGACGCGUCCCGUGUACGCCGAGCCGCCGGACAGGAGCACGAACGGCACCACGAGCAGCAGGAUUCCGUGGGGACACUUCUGGACGAGGAGCACCACCCCUUUGACCCCCGCCACCUCCAGCAGCACCACCACUUUAUCAUCAACCACAUUCACAACCACGACUACCUACAAACCACCCAAGCAAACCAAAAGCACCACCCCUUACUCCACAAAAAACCCUUUUGCCACACACGUUGGCGAGCAGGACUCGUGUGAGGACCUGCCCUCCAAGUCCUCGGCCAGCAUGAGCUGCGUAGAGCUGCUGUCGCGAUACCCGCUGCAAUACUGCGGCUCCUACUACAUCAAAAAGCACUGCUGCGCCUCGAUGCGCGCCAUGUGCCCCAAUGGCACCCAGACCCACUGACCCCUGCCCCUGGCCUGCCCCACCGUAGGCGAGAGAGCGUCCCUUGUUGUGCUGUUAAAACUGUUCA